GCCCAUUCUAUAUUCAUUACGUACUCUUUAGCAAACUUCAUCUCUCCUCUUUGAGCUUACUGCAAUCUUCGUAUUAAAGAAAAGCAUGGCAACCCAUAUCCAUGAUAUGCCAUUGAAGAACACAGCAGAAAACAAUGAGUUUGAUGAAGAGGAAGAAACAGAGGAGGAAGAAGAGGAGAAUGUUGGAGUAGAGCUAAUUGAGGAGAGUCAGUUGAAGAGGAAAAGAUUGAAUCUUGAAAAGACAAAAAGGUCAAAUAGUGAGAGUUGUCAAGUGGAGAAAUGUAAAGUUGAUUUGAGUGGUGCAAAGAAGUACUACAAAAGGCACAAAGUUUGCCAAGUUCAUGCCAAGGCUCCAAUUGUUGUGGUUGCCGCUCUAAGGCAGAGGUUCUGCCAACAAUGCAGCAGGUUCCAUGAGGUCUCAGAAUUUGAUGGCACUAAAAGGAGUUGUCGCCGGCGUUUAGCUGGACACAAUGAGCGGCGUCGGAAAAUCCCACUGUCCAUUAAGCUGGAAGAUAACCAAUGCAGGCAGAUUAAUGGGGAAGACAGACCACAGAUAACCUUGACAAACAGAAAUGCCUCCUUCAAAAACUAUCACAUCCUCUAGAUGAAUGCUUACUCUCUUCUGUCAACCCGUAGCAUCUUUCGUAUCCCUUUCUGUUGUUAACUUAUAGUCAGACCUAAAUGUAAACACUAGAUGUUUGUUCAGUUAUUGCUACAACUACGCUUUGAACUCUCA